UUGUUUAUGUUUAAACUAUGGGCGGCACUAAAUGCUGUUUUCGCGAUUGUCCAAUAAGUUCAAGCCGCAAUCCCAGCAUGCACUUCUUUAAGUUCCCGGCCAAAGACCCAAAAAGAUUAAAAGACUGGGUGAGAUAUUGUGGAAACAAAGAUGUUGCAAAUGCAUCAGUGGUCAAAUUGGCAGGGAAAACUGUCUGUGCCCGGCAUUUCCGUGCCGAAUCCUUCAUGAACUACAAAAUGGAUAGACUCAUUCCCAUGCAGACGCCCACUUUGCUCCGGAUCAACCGGGAUCUGGCCCUGGACUUUGAGAAUCUCGACCAGAACGGGGAGGCGCUCCUGGUCAAGCUGACGCCUCCAACGCAGCUCCAUCUUAUACCACCCAAGGAUUUCGAAUGUCCCCUGGGCUUCGUGGAUGGUGAUGGGGAUACCCAGAAUGUGGAGGUCAUUAGGAAAAGUACUAGGACUAGCACAUACGUGGAUCAGAGGAUUGAGCAAGAAAUGAAGGAGAUCAUUGACGAGGUAAUCAAGGAAGCACCAGAAAAACAGACUGCCAUCGAGAAGAUUACAAAUGAGGAAAAGGAAGAGCCACCAGUGGUGUUCGACUUUCCUGGAAUAGAAAUUUUGGAGGAGACGGAGGCGGAGGAGGAGCAGGAGCAGGAAUCAAUCGCAACCACUAGUACUUCGGUUCUGCCCCAAAACAUUCUGGAUAUUAUCAAUCAACUGCAGCCCUCAUUGGGCAUCAAAUUAAUUAAAAGGCCUGAGGAGAUUCAAAACAUUAGUGAGAUAAACAUGCCAUUCAAUGAAACAACAAAAGCGCAGAAUGAAGAUUUAACUAAAAAGCACACAAAGUCCAAGGAAGAAGAGAGAAAACCCAAACCAACAAGCACAUUUCGGGAUGUUAUCAAUAAGCCAAAGGGGUCCGACCAAUCCCAAAAGAAGCUUGUUCAAAUAAGAUACGUGGAGAUGACUAGAAAGAAAGAUACGAUUCGUGAGAUGCACGAUAAGGAAUUACUUAAAAAUGAAGACCAAUCUUCCAAAGAACAGGCCAAGAAAAGAAAGCUAUCUGAAGACACACAAAACAUGACUGAAAACCAUACAAAAACAGGCAAUGUUUUGGAAGUUAAUCCAAUAAUCAAGAGUAAACAGAAGGUUCUAGAGAAGUCCAGAAAUUCGAACCCCUGCAAACCAAAUCCUAGCCAAGAAAGGCAGUCUUCUCCAAGUUUCUUAAACCUGGAAGAUACUAUGGAAGUAAGUAGUGAAAGUGAGGGGGAAGUUGCCUCCGUUGAAAAACCAUCCUCCUCCGAAGAAGUCCUCCAUGAAAAGCUUCUUCAGGAUUACAACAAACUGCAGGCCGAGUAUGAAAAGAUUUCAGAGGAGAAUGCCGAACUCAAACGACUGCAGACGAAAGUGCCAAAGCCUCUUGCUCCCAUUAAGUCCGCCACCAACUCAUUGACCAAACCACAGCUUUAUAUAGCCAUCAAGAAGUACCUGGGACCCACGAUGGCUGCCCUGCUGCGCAUGGAAAUGUUUGGGGGAUCCGAGGAGCGCACCUGGAAGGAUGAUGAGCGGGAGUUUGCCAUGGAGCUGCUGCAACUGGGCGAUGAGGUCUACAAGUACUGCUGCGACGAGUGGCGCUUCCGGUUGCCCUCGCUACGGAUUGCACGCUCCUGGCUGGAGCAAAGACAAACGGAAGAUGUUGACGAGUUCCUCGAUUUAUAGCCGUAAA